CAUAUUUUUAUCGGGAGAGAAGAAGGGCAAGUUUUGUAGAGAACGAUCGAGUACAGAAUCUUUCAUGAAUUUUACGAAAUCAGGUCGCUGUAGGGACGAUCAGAAUGGCGAAAAUGAAACUUUUAGAUCAUGUGAAAUGAUAUUCAUGAACUUUUGGUCUAAUUUUGUUUGUAUUUCUUGAGAAAGUAGCCAGUGAAACCAACCGUUUCAACCGGCCGGCCAUUUCUGAAGCUUAGAAAAGUCUAAAAACCUUAACAAAAAGAUUUGUUUUUGAAUUCUUAACCCUGGAAAGUUUGUUAAGUCCGUAAUGGCUGAUCCUGCCUCGAGAAAAUCUGCAACACUUAAUCGUUUACGCUCGGCACUCCGCAGAAAGCGGGAAUCAUUGGCGGAUCAAUUUGACUUCAAAAUUUACAUGGCUGUUGUUUUCAAGGAUAAGGUAAUUUGCAUUUGAUUGUUAGUUAAGUGAAACUGGGUAUCGCCUAUAACAGGAAGCUGUUUAAAGGUGGUGAUAUCUUGUAGCGCUCAUUUAAGGUAAAGAACUCAAACGUUGCUAGACUUGUCUCAUGCAUUUGACCUGUUUACAUCACCCCCUCCCCCCACGUGCAUACUCCAGGGCCGGGUUGCUCAAAGCUGAGUUAAGAUAUUUGAUGAUUGGAUCCACUAAAAAUAACCGAGAAAAUUAUCCUAUAAAAUGCUUUUAAACAAAAGAAAAAGGAACCUGGUUGAAAAUUUAACUCUAAGUUGUUGUUAAUUGGCCUUCAAAGAACUGGGCCCUGCCCUGGUUAGUUCAUAUUGAUUUCCAUGAAAUGGCAAAAUGAAAUGUUUUUACUAGAGUGUUUAUCAAUGUUUUCCAGAAAAGUAGGAUGAUACGUGUAAAACAUGGUUAAAACAUGAAUUACUAAAUUGAAAAACAAUAAGAAGUGCUUCCUUGAAAUAAUGAGCAACAGACAGAAUAGGAUAAGAAAGUUUUAUUUGUCUUAUCAAGCUUAUACAGAUGAAUAGGGUGAAGGAAAAUUUCUGUGUUUGAAGAGAUCUAGCCAUCCAUUCAAGUGUGCAUCCUAGGCAAAUUUGUUUGAAAUUUAUGAUAAGCAUACCUUCAAGAUUUUAAUCUGAAAAGCUUAUCUUUGUCCAACCACUUUCUGAUAAAUUCCUGUGUUUUCCAUUCAAAAUAAGCUUUCUUGGGGUCCACCGCCAUCAUCUUAACCACGUGAGAGAGAAGUUAUUUUUGAUUUUCCCCGCCCCCUGCCCACAGCACAAGACGUCUUCAAACAAUUUGCUAACCCCAGUCCCGAUGGGCUGGACUUGUCCCUGGGGUUACCCAGGUUGGGGGGUAACAGGUCAAAUUCAACCAUGAUUACCAGAGGCUGUUGGUGGUCCUGAAACAUAUGCAUUUUGUGCAUUCUCGACCUCAGUGCUGAAUGUGAUUGGACUGUCAACUUCUUAGUUUCGACCAUAUAAGAUGUUGCUGUUCUUCAGUCAAUUGAUAAAGUUAUGGGUGAAUUUAUUUCCUUCUCAUGACUUCUGUUAAAGGAAAGGAAAACAUUCAAUGCGUAUUGUGGUAUAUUAAGUUUUUAGUCCUCUUGUCAACCCCUUCCCACCAUCCAUCAAAUGAAUGCAAGGUUUUAUCCUUGUCAUGACCGUCAGAAAAAAACAACCAACUAACAAAAAAACAAAACUAAAAGCACAAAAACAAAAGUAAAGAAACCAAAACCAACAAAUACAACCUAUCAGAUUUUCACCUAGAAGAGCUAGUAUAGCAUUUCUUCUUGAAGUUCACUUUAAGAGGGACAAGAUCUUAAAGGAAUAGGUCAGGCAUUUGAUAUUGAAAAGGUGGAUAUAUUGUAGCUCAAACUUAAAUUGCAGUUGAGUGUUCUUAUGUACCUUAACCCUUUAAGCCCCAAUAUCCACAUACAAAUUCUCCAAACUGAUCUCUAUACAUUUCCUUCAAGAAUAAGUUGAGAGAAUUUGAUAAAAGAUCAAGGCGUACUGCUAUCCACCAUUUAAAUCAUUACCCAGCAGUCAAGAGUAGUGCCACAUAAACAUUAAUUGCAAAAUUUGCGAGAUAUUAGUUAUAUACAAUGUAGAUUUACUCAGACUGUAAAUCUUACUAUCCAUCAUUAGGACUACUGGGACAGAAGGAUUAUGAUCUUAUUGUCACCUAAUGGGCUUGGAAUACACCAUGUCAUCGUUCACUUUUAAUAAUAUUAUUUCAGACGUGUUGUUAUCUUCACUGCACGAGUGCUGUUAGGAUAUACAUAUGUAGUAUGUUUGGCUAAAAAAAAAUUUAAAGAAAUUGUGUGAAACAUUAUGAUUUUUGUUCACAGAAGAAGAAGUCUUCAUUGUUUGAAGUGGCAGAUGUGCUACCUGUUAUGACCAACAACUUUGAAGACACUAUUAUGAAAGGAGUUCAGGUACUAGGAGUUUUUUUUGUAACCUCCUCACCACCUGCCUUUGACAGCAUUCCCAGACAUACCUUCCCACAUGCACAGGGUUGUCAAAA